AUGAAAAACAACAACAACAGAAUAGGAGUUGUUAACGAUGAUUUUGACACAGUUGUUUCGAAUGGAACACAACGAGAACCAUUGUAUAACCAACGACCACAUCAAUUUCAACAACAACAACAACAACAACAACAACAACAACAACAACAACGACGACGACGACGACGCCAGGUUACGGUUUGGGUCAAAAUUGCAUCUGAUAGUGUUAUAGAUGCAUAUUGUACUGGACUUGGAUACAAUCCGUGGGCAACAUUGAGUUACUGCCAGAGUUCUUGUCUGUGUAUGGGUAGUUGUAACGCAGUCGAUUGGGCUACGAGUGGUAAAGGAUGUACAUACCGUCAAUGUAGCUCCUAUCCACCAAAUUAUCAAAGCCAAAGUGGCUGGGAAGUAUGGGCAAUAACAACAGGAACAUCAACUACGACAACAUUCACAACCACGACAACAACAGAAUGUGGUCGAUCUUCUCAAUUAUCCUGGUCACAAACCGCUACUACUAUAUUCGGCAGUCAGGCAGGUACAUCUGGCUCUAGCCUCUCACUUCUUUCUCAACCAAUUGGAAUGUAUUAUGACCAACCUAAUAAUCGAUUAACCAUUACUGAUCUUGGAAAUCAACGUAUUCUACAAUUUUCUCUUAAUAAUCCACCUUCAGUUGCAACAGUAAUUGCUGGUGGUAAUGACGAAGGUUGUGCUAUGAAUCAGUUUUAUCAUGCUGUUGGAAUAGGUGUUGAUAGUUCUGGUCAAUUGUAUGUAGCAGAUCACGGUUGCAAUCGAGUUGUUAGAUUUCCAUCAAAUUCAAAUUCAACGACAUCUGGAACACUUCUCGGUAUUUUAGCUGUAGCAAAUAUAAUAUCUAUAAAUCAAUGUACUGAUGAUAUCUAUGUAGUUAGCGAAAGUGAUAAUGCGGUAUACAAGUUUGUUGGAGGUAGCGUAUCACCAGUGGUUGCAGCAGGUGGCAACGGUGAUGGAAAUGUUUUAAAUCAGCUGUCAGCACCAAAUGGUGUUUACUAUGAUUAUUUAUAUACAAUUGCUUUGUAUGUUACUGAUAACGGUAAUAAUCGUGUAAUGAAAUACCCAUCAGGUUCAACGAGUGCAACUUAUGGAACAGUUGUCGCUGGAGGUAAUGGAGCUGGAAGUAGAGCGAAUCAGUUGAAUAAUCCAAGAACUAUACUGGUCGAUAGUCAAGGAACUCUCUAUAUAUCUGAUGGAAAUAACAAUCGUAUUCAACGUUGGCUGCAAAAUGCGACUUGUGGUACUACAAUCGUUGGUGGUACAUCAGGAACAGCAUCGAAUCAGCUCAAAUGGCCUGAAACAAUCCUCUUUGAUGAGUAUUAUAAUCUGUUGGUUGCUGAUAGAUCAAAUAAUCGGGUACAACGCUUUAAUAUAACAACAUGUUAA